AUGUUUAAGUUGUUGGGUGGUAGCUUAUUUCCCAACACGACGGGAAAUAAGGUUAGUUUGUAUCUUUUAGAGAUUAUCAUGGGUGACGUAAACAUUGUGCGAGGUCGUGCGAUUGGUUCGGCAGUACUCAUUUUCUUGUACCGUAGUAUGUGUCGUGCUAGUGCGACGAGUGCAGCACAGAUUAGAGGUUGUCUAGUCUUGUUACAAUUUUGGGCUUGGGAGCAUCUGCCUAUGACUAGACUUAGAGGGAUUAUACCAUUGGAUCAGCUGGUAGAUGUCCCAUAUGGAGUCAGUCAGCGCCUUGAUCCUAGUAGGCAUCCAGAUGGGUUUGUACCUUCUCAUGAGGUAUUGAGAGUUCACGCGUUGUUAAGAGAGUGUGUUCGUGCCCUUGGACAUGCAUCUAUCCUUGAUCACCCACAGGAGCAGCAAGUCCACAACCCUAGACAUAUCAGGAGACGGGUAGAUAGAAGGCGUGAUGCACCUGGUGUCGGGGUUAAAUGUGGAGGGCAGGGUAGUCAGAGUGAGGUUCAAUACUCUUUGCUUCCGAAGAAGUCAUUAUUGCUCCACUCCGACAUCUCCUACAACACAUUUCUCGCUCAAAUAAGCAGUGAUGUUCUUGAAGAUGAAUGCCAAGGCAUGGAAUUCGUCUACGGUAAAUUCCCCAGACAUCAAUCAGGGGUUUAUGUUGGUUCACGACCUCUCCCAAUAACCGAUGAACCAACAUGGCGGCAUUUUAUAUGGAAAGCAUCACGUGAAUACGAUGCAGUUGAAGUAUUCAUCGGAGUGUCUAAAAAUGUUGAGGAGGAAGAUGAUGAUGAAGAUUCUUUGGAAGAGGAAGAGGACAUAUCUUCAGAUGAAGGAGACGAUGGCCACGACGUUCGUGCAAUGACACAAUUACAGGACAUGCACAGACGCGAAACACAUAGAUCGUUGCAACCGACGUUCCACGUCCCAAUUAUUGAGGUUGGAAACAAGUAUCCUUCUUUCCAAAGUCUACAACAAGUUGUGUCAUUACAGAACAUUGCGGAGCAUAGACACUUUCACACAAAAGCGAAACAGAGCCGUUAUUGGAGAGCAAGUUGUGUAUAUGCCCCCCAAUGCACUUGGUUCAUACAAGCAGCAGAGAAUGCUGGGUGUAGUAUAUGGACCAUAAAGCAAUAUCAGGGGUAUCACCAGUGUAGACCAGAUUACACGCGAGCUAAAGACGACAAAUUGUUAACCAGUGAGCUCAUAAGUGGCCUGAUUGGUCCAAAAAUGGAAGAAGAUGCCGAUUAUAGAGUCAAACUCAUAAUGAGGGAUGUUUAUGAGUUGUUCCAAGUAUAUGUCUCCUAUAAGAAGACGUGGUGUGCAAGGACAUUGGCCAUUCAGCAAUUGUAUGGUAGUUGGGAGAACUCGUACAACAAGCAGGAUCCUUUGCUCGGUGCAAUUAUGGGAUCAAACCAUGGGACAGUUGUGGAUUUGCAAACCCAACCUACGAACGCACCAACUACAUUUUAGUUCAGGCGAACUAAUGGAUAUUUGUGGCAACAAUCUGGGUAUAAUUUUCCUAUGAAUGUGUGGAAAAAUAUCAAGAACAAUGAAAAAAUAGGCUUUAU